AUGCUGUCCAAGCUCAGACUACUCAGACCGCCGGUUUCCCCAGGAUCCAGAAUAUUAAAUGCCUGGGAAAAUAAAAAUUAUAGUGAUAAAAAGAAUGGCAGAGGAAAAACAACUCCUCCAUUGAUACAGGAUGAAUUUAGUACCAAUCCUAAAUCGCCUACAACAACUCAUUCUUCAGAGUCUGAAAACAAUAAUGGAUGGCAGAAUGAUUCUAAAAACAAUCAGUCUUUUCGUAAUUGGAGUCUUUUUGGAGGAGCUAUUAUACUAUCAGGAACAGUAUAUGGUAUCUAUCAUUUUGACAUAAUGAAACAAAAAAAAGAUGAUAACCUUAUUACCGAAGAGAAUACAAAUGCUAAAAAAAUACGCAAACUGGUUCAAAUUCCUUCAUUAUCUGAGUCAAUACCUGAUAAUAUACAGUAUUUAUUAAUUGGUGGAGGUACAGCUUCCUUCUCAGCAUUCCGAGCAAUCAAGUCAGCAGAUCCCACCGCCAGGGUUUUAGUAAUAUCAGCUGAAGGUUAUCUUCCCCAUAUGCGACCCCCAUUAUCUAAAGAAUUAUGGUAUGGUGAUGAUACUGAAAUGGCAAAGUCUUUAAACUUUCAUCAAUGGAAUGGUACAUCUAGAAGUCUUUUUUAUGAACCUGAACCAUUUUAUACACCUGUUGAAGAAUUAACCACGGCCAAAAAUGGUGGCAUUUCACUAGCACGAGGCUGGAAAGUUGAAUCAAUAAAUGUAUCAAAAAAAAAAGUGAAGCUUAAUGAUGGUAAAGAAAUCAGUUAUGAUAAGUGCUUAAUAGCAACUGGUUCAGUUCCAAAAACAUUAAAACUGUAUGAUGACGCAAAUGAAGAACUUAAAAAUAAAUUCUCAGUAUUUCGGUCCAUCAGUGACUUUGAAGAUUUAUGGGAACAACUGGGUCAUAUAAAAUCUAUUGCCAUUAUUGGUGGAGGAUUUUUGGGUAGUGAGCUUGCUGCUUCAUUGGCCAACAAAGGAAAAAAAAAUGGAGUUAAAAUUUAUCAAAUAUUUAAAGAAAAGGGUAAUAUGGGAAAAGUUUUACCUAAAUAUCUUAGUCAUUGGACUACUGAAAAAGUUAGAAAUGAAGGUGUUGAAGUUGUGACCGAAACAGAGGUAGAGAAUUGCAGUUUAGAAAAUAAUAAGCGACAAGUCAACUUGAAAUUAAGUAAUGGGAAAAAUAUUUCUGUUGAUCAUGUGAUAAUGGCAGUUGGUGCUAAACCUAACACCGAACUAGCUACUGAUGCUGGAUUAGAAAUUGAUUCAAAGCUUGAUGGUUAUUUGGUCAAUUCUGAAUUACAAGCAAGAACAGAUUUGUAUAUUGCUGGUGAUUGUGCUUGUUUUUAUGACAAACAACUUGGAAGGAGGCGUGUCGAACACCAUGAUCAUGCUGUAAUAUCGGGAAGAUUAGCUGGUGAAAAUAUGGCUGGUGCUGCUAAACCAUACCAACAUCAACCUAUGUUUUGGUCAGACAUUGGGCCUUCUGUGGGUUAUGAAGCAAUUGGCAUUGUCGAUUCGUCUCUAGCAACAAUGGGUGUGUUUGCCAAAGGAAAUCAUAAAGAUCCAUCACUUUUGGCUAAUGAAACUGACCAAAAUACCUUAACCAAUAAAAAAGAAACAAAUGAAGAAUUAGUAUCCAAAAAUAAUGAAUCUAUUUCUGAAAAUGAUUAUAACAAAGGUGUAGUUUUCUACUUGAAAAAUGAUGUAAUUGUUGGAAUUGUGUUAUGGAAUUUGUUCAACAGAAUGUCUAUAGCACGCCAAGUGCUUAAAACCAAUAGAUGUUACAAAGAUCUCAAUGAAGUUGCGAAACUCUUCAAUAUUCAUGGUGAUUCUUCAUGA